AUGGCAAAAACAGCAUUGACAACAACAAAAAAAACAGAUUCGCAGUCUCAUGAUGAAGCGCACGCAUUUAAAUCACAAUUUGAAGAGAUUAAUUUAAUACUUGCAAAAUGGACAGAAUACUCAACAAGCAGCAGGGCAAAUUAUCACUAUUCCAACAACAAUAUUAGUGGUAGCAAUAGCAAUCACCAUCACCGAUUUCAAGGAGGUCGAGGAGCUGCUAAUAUCACUACCAGUCAAUUACCAUUACUGACGACAACACAAACGACUUCACAACGAAGAAUAAGUCAUGAUUCUCCGAUUUUCACUCACAGUCGAACAGGAUCAUAUCCAACUUUCACGACGCCACGACAACGUGUACUCAGACAUCAACGAAGCUCUUCAUCACUCAGUGGCAUCUCCCAAUUUCAUCAUCUUACAAAUAACCACAAUCAUGUCCAACCACAUCAUCAGUAUCAACAAAAUUCAUCGAGAUCGUCUUUAAAUUAUGAUAAUAUUCAUGCGCAGGAGUCAAAUGAUUUCUUAUUAGAUUAUCAUUUGAGUGAUUCAAAAAGUGUCGGAAAUGGAGACAGAUUAUUAUGGGAGCCUUUAUCGACGACUACUCUGCAUCCAGGAGAUGUAGUCUAUAAUAAUGAUUCAUUCAUUCCGAUGCCAAAGAAUCAUCAUCAUCCUGCGUACUCGCACGAGAUAUCUUACUCACCUCCUUCCUUGUUGAAUGAUGAUGAACUCUUACAGAAACAAUUACAGCUACAAGCGCAAAAAGAUCUUUUGGAUAAUGCAAUUGCUGCGAAUCGUAAAUUGAUGAAUGAAACUACGCAUGGCCAAUUGUCGUCAUCACCAUCAUCAUCCCUCUCACAACCAUUAUGUGAUAUUUCUUCAAAAUAUAAUCAAACGGCGAAUACUAAUUUGUCGUCUUCACGAAAAACAUCUUUAAUGAAUUUCCCAAUUAGUGGAUCAUCUCAUCUCUCGCCGUAUCCAGACGUUAAUAAUCAAGGAGAAGCAGGAACAAUGAGAAAAGAUUAUCAAAAGUCUUCAGGACGCUCAACUCCAAAUUCGUCAUUGUCAAGUUCAAAUCCAUCCUCUUCCGGGUUUUCGUUAUUUGCUCAAUCACCAACAUUCUCGCUAAACCCUAAUAAUGGACCACAUCGAAAACAAAACAGUGUUAAUAGUCACCAGAAUCACAAUGAUAACUUUUCAUCAUUUGGAGCUUUCCCAUUGACUCCCGUAAGCACGCCUCCAAACGACGACGAAGAUGGAUACUUUUCAUCUUCUUAUUUCUCAAACAAAAGUGGAUGUACUAUGUUGAAUACUCCUAUUUGUACUAUUAGUCGGGGUCCAAUUAUUUCUUCGCCUGUUCAAGAAAGUGAAGAGGAGAGUUUUUCAUGGAAUAUAGUAAAUAAAAAUGAUGAAGAAGCAUCGUCAUCAGAGCCUUUCGAUCAACAGAAAUCUUAUUCUUCAGCUCCGGGUGAUGUUGAAUUGGAUCGUUAUCAUGCGCGCUCGGCCGCCUUGAACAGAUCACGAAUUGAGAAGGAAUCUCUCUCAAAUUUGGAUAGAUUUUCGCAUAAUAGAUCUUCUCGGAUUUCCACUAGCACUCCCUCUUCUUCUACAUUGGACGGCUUGCCAGCUUCAUCCUCUAUAAUGGGAAGGCGGUAUUCUGAGUCUUUUCUUCGAUUGGCCUUUGGAAAUAGUUUGCCUACACAUCAAGAAAUUCAAGAUAAUAAUCAACAUCUAUCAAGCCUUCUUGAUGAAGGAUUCGGUAAUGGAACGGGUGAAAAUCAAAAACAGCAUUCGUAUCAACAACUAAAUCGAGAGAAUAGCUAUACUAAUGACGAUAAAAGCAAAAGAAGCAAACCAUCCUUUUAUUAUGAUAACCCCUAUUAUCUAAAAGAUUCUACCUCAACAUUUUUCACCGAUAUUAAUGAUUCAAAUACUACUAAUAGCAAUAGUAAUCUGAUGAGAACUUUAUGCACCUCGGGAUUAAAGACAACAAUGAAGAUGAGAAAUCCACCACCGCAGCAAGAAAAACAAGAACAAAAUCCAGUCGAGAACAUGUUGCCAAUGUUUUACUAUGAACAAAAGUCUGGUGGUAAUGACGAUAUUAGCAUUGAUAGUCAACAAUUGCUCGCAUCGUAUGGCAUUCAACCUCCACCACAGCAACAACACCAGCAUUAUCCUCAGCGUCAUCGUCGCCAUGCUAGCAUGAAUAGCAGCACUAAUAACCUUAGACUCGGCUUAGAAGUAGUUGUUUGA